AUGGCCAGCUCAAUGAAUCCAACUAGCAGCAAUGAUAGUUUGGAAACGUAUAGCAUCUUCUGGUUAGAUGCUUCAGUCAAUAAUGAAGAAAAUAUUAAGGCUCAAAAGAAAUUACGACGUAUUAUUAAUCAAUUACGAACGUUUGUCGAUCCUGAAGAAUUUUUAGAUCGUGUUCGUUUUAUUCAACAAGGCGAUCUUACAAUAUUGAUUGUCAGCGGUCAAAUGGGUCGCAUUGUCGUGCCCGAAAUGCAAAAAUUGGCUCAGGUAUCGUCAAUAUACGUAUAUUGUUUUGACAAAGAGGCUAAUUUACAAUGGAGCCAACCAUAUAAAAAAGUAAAAGCUGUGUGCACCAAACUAGAUGAAUUGAUCGAUAUAAUUCGAGUCGAUCAAAAGAAUCGCGGCCGAAACGAAGAAGCUUUGGCCAUGGAUAUUUUGGAUCGUAGUUCAACAGAGUUGAACGGUGAAUUUUUGCAUUCACAAUUGCUGAUCGACGUUUUGAUCAGAAUGAAGCCCAGCCAACAAGACAAAAAUGAAUUGUUGGCAUUAUUGAAAAAAGAAUACAAGACCAAGGGAUUGUUUAAAAAGGACGAGGGUGUGGGUGUGAGUGUAAAGAAGAGAAGAACCUACACACGCACAUCCUUGAAUAGAAGAGAGAGAGUGGAGUCUUUUUUCUCUCUCGAAAAGACACAUUCAUUACUUAGUAUAUGUUCUAUUGGAUUACCGUUGUCAUGUGUGAAGAUCCUUUUGUUCUAGAUGAGAUUAUGAACAAUUUGAUAGCUAAAUUUUUUGUUUUUCGUAUUUUUCAUAUUAAAAUUGAACCUAGAAAAUUGACAGAAACAUAUAUUUUUCUUCUACAGGUAAUAGACCCUGAAAAUGUUUAUUCAGAAAUUCUAGAUGUAGUAGUCAUCAGUUUAGAAUCAAAGUUUGAUGCAGACAGUGAAAGUUAACAAAAAGAGUUACGAACAUGAAAGCAGAUUCGAAAACCUUAAAUAAUUUUUACAUUCGUUCAAGGUCAUAUUUGUUUAUAUGACACAAUAUUUUCUCUAGACUACGAUGUGUUAACACACAGAGAUGAACAGUUGUCAUAUGACUCUUCACGAUGAUUGUGCGUCUGCACAACGAAAGCUAGAUGAUGUUUUUUUUUUGUUUAGAUAGUAAAAUGCUGCAUUUGUUAUCAAUGGGUGUUGAAUGCAUCUACAGGUGAAACAAGUUCUAAUAAAAUAUCACAAUUAAUAGAUUCUUUCUUGUAUAGCUAUACCAUCAUGCAACUAGAGGAAAGACGUUUUUGUUUUUGUACUUCUAUAAUGAUAUGACUGAUAUUAAAGACUCGAUGAUAUGUAUUUAUGAGUCAUCGAGAAAGAUAUUGUUGUUGUUGAUCAUAUGAAGAUCAUUGAUAGUUUUUUUUUGAAAUUAAAGAAGGAAGGUUCCAAGAUUUGCAAAUAAAACUGAAGGUGGUUAUUUCUACUUCAUAAAAGUAUUUGGUGUCAUCGGAAAGUUACUAUGAAAUCGCAUGUGUAUAUAAUUACUGGUAACUGAAUUCAUUGAAGUAACCGAAUUGUGCAUAUAUUUUGUUUGUGUUUAUUUGCCAUGUCAGUCGUAAUCUAAUAUCUAAAUAUGUUUUCGAUAUGUUCAUUGAACUGUUUCAUUUGAGAGAGGGAGUGUGUGAGUGAUAUGUAUAGCUGAACUUGUGAACCGAAGCAGUAUAGGUAGGGAGGUAACGUUUUUUGUUUCUUGACAGAUAGACAUUGAAAUACUUUCAGCGCGCGUAAAAUCUUUUGCUUGACUACUUCAUGUUGGAAAUAGUUGAUAUCAACUUAGAAUCUGAUGGUCAGAGUGAACUAACUAAUUAUAAGUAUUGUGCUUUUGUUUUUGUUUUGUUAUUUGUUGAUUUCAUCUGGCUAGAUGAAAAAGUAAAGUUAUAUUUUUUUCGUGUCGUUCAUACAUACGUGUAGGUCGAGAAUAGAAAAAAAAGUGAGUUUAUUCUUUUAAGAGUAAUUAUACUAUCAGAAUAACUGAAGUAAAUGAACAGCAAUCCGGUAUUCUUUUUUGUUAUUUAAUAGAAAUAAUACAAGAGUAACAUGAAUCGAAAAUCGAUUCACUCAGCCGUAGACUGACAGAAGACACACGUACAAAUAUAUGAACCGGCGACUCCAUCGGCAGUUUCCGUCACAGAUCGUGAAAUUUCCAAAAAGAAGAGUGGAUCAGUUCAAUCGAGACAAGAAAGAAAUACAAAAGAUGAAUAAGUGAAAGUGGGAGGUACUGAUGAGAAGAAAAUGAAAUAUUUUCAAGAGCCAUGAAUAAAAAAACGCAGUCGAAAUAAGCAUGAAAGACAAGUGCGAAGCACUGUCAGAACCACGAUUUUGUUUCUGAUCAAACGAGCAGGAGAGCUCUCAGUCUAUACUCUCUAAUAGAACACACUGUUGGCUAUUCUCAUCAGGAGGCUAAAAUAUGUUUCAGAGCAGGUAGUAGAGGUCGGUGUUUCACCUAGGGACUGGAUCAUGCCGUUAACAAAUUUAGCGAUGGAGGAACAAAAAGUUCCUUAUGGGAAGUUUAGUAGCACGCUACACACGUGCUUCGUCAUCAGACGGGACUACCCCCGUGCCCCUAUCAGUUUGUCCGCUAAAAAUAUGUUCCGUUAAAAAUGGCCAAUCGUGCCUUGGAGAUGGUCAUUUUGUACCAUAGGAAUGGCCAAUUUUUGCCAUGUAAAUGGUCGUUUGUGCCAUUGUUACAGACAGACCGACAGACAGACAGAGGUGAAUUACGGUUUCUAGACCCUAUCCUUUCAGUGUAGGGAAAAUUAGCAAAGCUUUCGAUGUCGUCAUCAUCAUCAUGAUCAUUGUGAUCAGUGAUGAUAAUGUCAGAUGAUAAGCACUGAUGAUGAUGAUGAUGAUGGUGAUGGUGAUGGUGAUCAUGAAGUUUUGUUGAGAUCGCCAAGAUUUCUUAAUUAUUUCUAUUGUCUAAUAAAAGAAUAUCGGCUGUUUUUGUUGUGAUGGUUAAUUUAUUUCCUUGCUUCCUUCCUUCCUUCCGUUAAGUUUCUAGUCGAGAAUGUUUUUUUCGAUAAAAAUAAGCAGUGACCCUCCACGUUUUCUGCCGCUUACAUAUGUCAAAUUUUCGGGGAUUGUUUACUAACCUGUUUUUGAAAAUGCGUAUAAAAAUCCUAGAAAAAAAAGCUUUUCUCUCUCUCUCUCUCUCUCUCUUCUCAGUUAUCAUAGUGUAGAAUUAAUUUUCAUGACUUCAUAAUGUGUUUUUUUUAUUUACAAACACUUAUAGAUGAAAUUCUGAUUGCAAAAGAAGACAUCGCUUGAAGACUAUAACUGAGACAAAAAAAGAAAAAAACGAAACGAAACGAAGUUCAAAAAUAUCUGUGAAUGAUGGUAUGAGUUGAGGGGGUGCAUGUGAUAAUUGUUUUUUAUAUUGUUGGGUAUGUUUUUUUUUGCUAGAUGUUGGCUGAAAUGUUGAUAUAGUUUUGAGUGGAGUUUUUUUAAUGGAUUAUUUAUUUAGUUAACUAUGAAAACUAUGACUAAAAACAACAUGUGUUUAAAUGAAUGUCGAGAUACAUAAGAAUAUACUUAGUGAACCGUUCGUAGGGCUUGUUUAAAAAGGACGAGGGUGUGGGUGUGAGUUUAGAGAAGAGAAGAACCUACACACGCACACCCUUGAAUAGAAGAGAGCGAGUAGUAUUUUUUUUCUCUCGAAAAGACACAUUCAUUACUUACUAUGUUCUAUUGCUUUACCGUUGUCAUGUGUGAAGAUACUUUUGUUCUAGAUGAGAUUAUGAUCAAUUUUAUAGCUAAAUUAAUCAGCAUGUUUCAAAUUAUUGUUACUUGUUUGUCAGAUAUGAGCUAUGAGAAUAUAGUUAGUUAUUUUAUGUGAGAAAAAUUGCUUGAUUUUUGUUUUUUUUGUAUUUUUCAUAUUAAAAUUGUACCUAGAAAAUUGAAAGAAACAUAUAUGUUUCUCCUACAGGUAAUAGACUCUGAAAAUGUUUAUUCAGAAAUCACAGGUGUAGUAGUCAACAGUUUAGAAUCAAAGUUCUUUGAGUCAAUGGUACCUAUUUGAAUAUGUAAAUAAUAAUGUAAACAUGGAAAUAAAUUCAAAAACCUUAAAUAAUUUUUACAUUCGUUCAAGGUCAUAUUUGCUUAUGUGACACAAUAUAUUCUCUAGACUACGACGUGUUAACACACAGAGAUGAACAGUUGUCAUAUGACUCUUCACGAUGAUUGUGCGUCUGCACAAUGUAAGCUAGAUGACUUUUUUUUGUUUUGAUAGUAAAAUGCUGCAUUUGUUAUCAAUGGGUGUUGAAUGGAUCUACAGGCGAAAACAGUUCUAAUAAAAUAUCACAACUAAUAGAUCCUUUCUUGUAUAUACCAUCAUGCAACUAGAGGAAAGACGUUUUUUUUGUACUUCUAGAAUGAUAUGACUGAUAUUAAAGACUCGAUGAUAUGUAUUUACGAGUUAUCAAGAGAGAUAUUGUUGUUGAUGAUCAUACGAAGAUCAUUGAUAUUUUUUUUUGAAAUUAAAAAAGGAAGGUUCCAAGAUUUGCAAAAAAAACCGAAGGUGGUUAUUUCUACUUCAUAAAAUUAUUUGGUGUCAUCGGAAAGUUACUAUGAAAUCGCAUGUGUAUAUAAUUACUGCUAACUGAAUUCAUUGAAGUAACCGAAUUGUGCAUAUAUUUUGUUUGCGUUUAUUUGCCAUAUCAGUCGUAAUCUAAGAUCUAAAUAUAUUUUCGAUAUGUCCAUUGAAGUAUUUCAUUUGAGGGAGGGAGCAAGUGAGUGAUAUGUAGCUGAACUUGUGAACCGAAGCAGUAUAGGUAGGGAGGUAACGUUUUCUGUUUCCUGACAGAUAGACAUUGAAAUACUUUCAGCGCGCGUGAAAUCUUUUGUUUGACUACCUCAUGUUGGAAAUAGUUGAUAUCAACUUAGAAUCUGGUGGUCAGAGUGAACUAACUAAUUAUAAGUAUUGUGCUUUUGUUUUUGUUUUGUUAUUUGUUGAUUUCAUCUGGCUAGAUGAAAAAGUAAAGUUAUAUUUUUUUCGUGUCGUUCAUACAUAC